AUGGCUGCUUCUGCUCGUCUUCAAAAAGAACUUGAAAGAAAAGCAACAAUUGCUUUAGCUACAACAACAGAUCCAUUGGAACGUCUUCGUGCCGAAUGUCUAAAACGAGGAGCACAAGGUAUUAAAGGAUUAUCACUUUUAUUUCGAAUUAUGGAUGAUAACGGAGAUAGAAAAUUGAAUAUGGAAGAAUUUCAGAAAGGUGUUCAAGAAUAUGGUUUAAACUUUUCAAAAGCUGAUAUUAAUGAAUUGUUUCGUAAAUUCGAUACUGAUAAGAAUGGUAGUAUUGAUUACGAAGAAUUUCUAUUUAGAUUACGACCUCCAAUGAAUAAUUUCCGUCUUGAUUUAGUUGCGAAAGCUUUUGCUAAACUUGAUAAAAAUCAUGAUGGACAAAUUACAAUUGAAGAUUUACGUGGUGUUUUUAAUGUUAAAAAAAAUUCAAAAUAUUUAAGUGGUGACAUGGAUGAAGAUAAAGGAUUACGAGAAUUUCUUAAUUCUUUCGAUUAUGGUGAACACAUAGAUGGUGUUGUAACACGUGAAGAAUUUAAUAAUUAUUAUUCAGGUGUUAGUGCCUCAAUUGAUAAUGAUAUGUAUUUCGAUUUGAUGAUGCGAAAUGCAUGGAAACUAUAA